UUCCGCUGCAUGAUCAUCCCUCCGCAUCCCUGAUCAAGGCAACCCGUCUGGGGGCCUACACGAGGCGUCUAGAAUUGGAACAUGCGCCGCUGAACGCGCGCGGAGCCCGAGCAGAUACUGCGCCACGAAACGAGGCCGUGGAUCGACCUGAACGCAGGUGCCGGUUAGAAAGGAUCGCCUCCGUCGGACUCGGGGCCGGAAUCCUCUUCAGACCCUUCUCGACGGGCUCUCUCCAAGAGCUUGGACACGCGGCAGGCCGGCUUCGAGCAGACCGAAUGCCUGCAACACGAUCUCCCUCGGCGCGAACCCAGGAACGGCAUGGCAGCACGGAGCCACGCAAGUGCGCACACCAGGGACUGAAAAAGUUCAAAAUUGCCAUGCGCGUAGAACCCCUCUCUCCAACUCUUAGAUGCCCUGCACCGUUACGGAACGAGGGUGUGGAGGAUGGUGCGGAGGAGGAGGAGGAGGAGGAGGAGGAGGGAGGAGAAGGAGGAGGAGGGGGAGGAGUGACGCAUGCCGAAAGGGAGAGAGCUGCCCAAGGCGGCAUUCGAGCCGCCGCUCGACGCGCAAAUCCGCCUCCCCAAGAGGGGACGCUCAGUCGAUCCGCUACUUACGAUGAGCGAAACAGGACUACCGACCAGACAACCCCAACCGAACCCGAAUACGGCGAAUGGGGGCCUUCGGGUUGGGUUGGGGUGAUUUGGUGGGUGGUGACAGCAGCACUCACCUCCAAAGAUUCGGCAGCACGGCGCGAAACACCUUCCUGCACGAAGCUCCAGGGCACAACGAAAACACAGGAGCAUAAUCUGCUGGAGGUCCGCGCUGAUGCCUUGGACCGGCGCCGGGCCCCCCUUGCCUGGCGCGCGGAGCGCGCCAGGGGCGGCGCCGGAGACGCCGCCGGGGGGGGCCAGCGCCGAUCUGAGAGAUCCGCGCGGACCUUCGAAAGUGUAUGCUUACGUGCUUCGUUGCAAGUUCGACGCCAGGAGCGAACCAGAGAGGUGCCAAGUGGCAUCGUGCGCUGCGCCCCAGGCUCAGAGCCAAUGCGGUAAAGCAGCGAGCCCCCUGUGCCCGUCGCCUCCUGCGUCCACCUUGAUUGAGCGAGUGAGCGUGCGAAGGCAGAAGAGGAGCGGGGGUGAGGUGACAAGACUGCGCGGGGUGUCCAGAGAAAACAAGAUACCCACUUAGAAUGUGGGGAAAACAAAUAAACUGUACACAACUCCCCCAGGUACAGAAAACGCGACUUGAUUCGACCGGAUGCCGUCGCAACUCCAUGGCCGCGGCCCAACGCGCCUCUGCGAGAGCAAAAAGGCGCAGGAACUUAGACAGCCCAGGGAUGCGGUGCCACCUGGCCCAAGCGCACUGCGAGACGAAAGAGACGCAGGAUGCCGUCACAGCCCACGGCUGCGGUCCCAUCCAAAGAAGACCAGCUAAAGGCGGAGUAUUUGGGACGCUCUUGGACGUCGGGGAGGACCGGAUAGAUUGGCGACCCCACUGGAACUGCCUUCAAGGCGGGGCCUAACUGCGGUCCGUCCACGCACACCACCAGCCACAUGCUCAAAGGCCCUUCGGCCCCGAACACGUUUCGACGCAGGGCUCGCUGGCCGUGCCCGCUUCGAGUUCAAAAUUGUUCUCUGAUAAAAAAUUUAGAUCUCAUUGUCUUCACAGGCCCACGAGCACGCUGAUCUUUCCGGGGGGCAUUUCUUGCAGCGCGCGAGGGGAAAAGAGAUGAAUUAGCACCACAACCCUUUCUCGGGUCGGGCGAAAGGGGGGGAUAGCAAA